AUGUCGUUCAGCAACACAAAGACGGGCUUCUCUGUAAAGGACAUUCUGGAUCUUCCUGACACCAAUGGAGGUUCUGAAACGGAGGAGACUGAAGAUGAGAACGAGGUGGAAACGACUGAGACUUUGACGCAAAAUCCAUCUUCUGAAAACACUGGAAAUGUGCCCUACAAGAGCCUUUUGUGUGAUGGUGGUGGUAAUCCCUACUCAAGAUGGCUUGCCUCCUCCAGCACCAUCCAAUAUUCAUUGCAUAGUUUGUCAGUUGAUUCUCGAAACGAACCGAAAUAUCCAGAGCUGUCCGCCGACGAAUCCCAAGAUGUCGACAGGGACGCCACAGGUGACAGCAGCGACUCUGGAAAGAAGAGGAAACGGAGAGUGCUGUUUUCCAAAGCUCAAACCUACGAACUUGAGCGACGAUUCCGACAACAGAGAUAUCUCUCGGCGCCGGAGAGGGAGCGCCUUGCAAAUGCACUACUACUGACACCGACUCAGGUGAAGAUCUGGUUCCAGAAUCACCGGUAUAAAAUGAAGAGAGCACGGGCUGAGAAGGGUAUGGAGAUGGUUAAUUUCGUGUCCCCAAGACGGGUGGCCAUUCCGGUUUUGGUUCGGGAUGGAAAGCCAUGUGAUACUAACAAAAGUCAGGAACUCGAGGCCUCAUUCAGUGCUGGAAUACCUCUGUCGGCGUAUAGCGCCUAUUCUCUCCAUCACUUGCAUAUGCGCUCUCACUACAGCCCCGACGCCAUCUCACAGCUGCCCAGUGUGCAUCAUAUGGCGCAAAUGUACCAAUGGACUUGGUAG